AUCCAUUCUUCAGGCUCUCUGGAAAGUUUUCUUUGCCUAGGUAGUUGGUUGGCAUGUGCAUUAAAGGGCAUGGGAAAGUGAGGGAAAAGAUUAUAUGUAAUCUAUUUAUCUAUCUGUAUAUUUUAAAAAAUCCAUUCUGGCCAUUGUGGGACACUGGUCCCCAGGGCAAUUUCCUAGCACCUUUGAAAGUCUCUGUAACUUGGUCUAGCCUGGUUUUGAAUGAACUGAGUGAUUAAGAUUAUAUCUCUUACCUCCCCACUGGUGUAUAAAGUAGGGUUGAUUUGCUGUGGUGCUUUGAACAAGCUCUCUAUCUUCUCUGGGCAUCAGUAGCUUCCUCAGUAAAAUGGAAAUCAAAGUCUUCGGCCAACUGUCCUCAGAGGGCUGUCACAAUCAAAAAGGGUAGAAGGACAGAAACCAAAGCUCUUUGGAGACAUUUCAGGACUUCCUUGCUCUGUCUAGGAGUAGUGAUCUUGUUUUUUCUAUAGGCUCCACAAGGAAUACCACCCAAAACCCUCCAGCUCCUUUUCUCCCUGUGCGACUAUGGUCUGUGGAGAGCUACUCCUAGGACUAGGAUUCAGUGAGGUUUGGGGUCCAGGCAUGAGGCUGAAAAUAGUGGAGAGAUGGUGGGCCAGGACAGUGGCUGAGAAGGAGGGGGAUCCUAGGCUACUGCCACAGAAGGCUUAACACUCAAAUACAUGCACCUAGCUUGUAAGCAUGUGGUCGAUCUCCCCUCACACCUUCACUCUCCACAAAUGCAUUCAUACCCAAACAGUCUGAGAGCUACCAAUAGGGAGACCCCAUUCGUGAUUAUAUUACCUAUCAGCAUUGUCAUAUGCUGGUUUACAUGGGAUUCUCCCCCCAUAUACAUGCCCUGUCCUUUGGGAGGGGCAUGGGGUCAGGAUCUGUGGGCCUUGGGAAAUCACAUUAUAAUCUUUUCUUCCCUAGAGAUAGCCUCAUUUUAGAAUUUUAGACCAAGAGCUGCAGGUCAGAGCUUGGUCUUGAAUGAGAAUCUGGUACUGACUGAACCCUUUCUCUGCCACAAGUCCAUUGGCCCUUUUCAGAGAGGACUUCAUUCAUUUGUUUAUUUGUUUCUGUCCCAUUCAAUGUAGAAAAACUUUUCCAAAUGCCACCUCCUACCUUAGACCAAGUUAGUUCUCCCAUCCAAUUCCCUGUACAGCUCUCUGUUAUAAUAUUUACCUUGUUGAACUAGGAUUACUUGUCCACAAGUGCAUCUCAUCCAGGGUAGGGAGAUGUAGACUGCACAAACACGAGCAAGUAUCUCGUCUGUCCUCUGUGCCAGGGCCUGAGUUGAACACUGGAAACACAAAUUGCAGAUCACUGAGAUCCAGUCUCCAUCCUCAAGGAGUUCACAGUCUAGUGGGGAAGCAGACCAGGAAAAUACUGGUGGAUACUUGCUCAGAUAGGAGCAUAUAAGCAAUAUAAGAACCAAAGACAAAGCCUGUCCCAAGGAUACAGGGGUCGCUUCCCAGAGGAAGUGAACAUCGAACCAGACCUUGAAAAGUGAGUCAGAUUUUGUUGGGAAUAGAAGGAGAAAGAUGGCAUUUCAGGCUGAGCAAAGGUCAAGAAACAGGAAGAUACACAGUGUAUUUUGGAGCCCAGUGAGUCAGCCAGUGCAGUUUAAGCAUGGAGAUCUAAGGAGAGACAUGGCUGGACAGGUAGGCCAAAGCUUGAUUGAGAAGUCUUGAGUGCCAAGCUGAGGUCUUUCCAUAAAGCUUGUUUUGGUCUCCUGCUUCUGGGAUCAGAAUUGGUAACAGUAGUGAGGAAUCUCAUAGCUAAUUCCAGGCAAUUUUAAAUUGGGUUUUUGAGCCUGGACCCCAGGUUUACCCUUUCAAACUUUGUCAAAAGCCUGCCAGCUUCCUAUCUCAGAUUUCCUGCUGCUAAAAUUAUCCUUCUGCCUGUUGGCAGGGUCAUGAGGACAAAAUUGUAAUCAUGAGGACAAAAUUGUAAUCAUAGAAGAGGCAUUCAUGUGACCGGCUAGAUUACCUUGAACAUGCCAUUUCCCGUCCCCAGACCUCAGUUUCCCUGUAAGGUUAACAAGGAUGUUUGUAAGGAUCAAAUAAGAUAACGGAUAUGUUAUUGCUUUGUGGACAAUGGAAAGCAUACAGGGAAAGGGUUAUAAUUAAGAUUAUUAAUAUUAACAGAUUUAUACCAGUUAGGAAAUUUAUUAGAAUUAAGAGAGUUGUACCUCUUACAAAGUUUAGUUCUGAGACUCUAGAGGUUCUGAGCUAACCUGUAAGACCACAUUCUUAGAUCAGGCUCGAUUGAUUAAUUAAAGAAAAGCCCUGGCCUGGGAGAAAUUAGGUCCCUGGUGUUCUAUUCCUGACUUGGCCACUGAUUUACUACAUGAGCUUAGGAAAAUAUUUCUAGAUCUCAGUUUUCUUACCUGAGAGGGUGAGAUGAAAUGAUCUCACAAUUCUUUACACAAAAUGAAAAGAGUAAAAUUGAUUCAUCCUUUUAAUUGAUUUGCAGGAACUCUUUGUGUAUUAUAAAUGUUAAGCUUUUGCCAUAAUUUUGUAAGUUUCCUUAACUGAGGGUUUUCUGUAUGGCCAGCAUUACAUUACAAGUUUCAGAUUAGUCAGAGAGGUGUCUGAUCAUUUACCUCCCACAGGGAGUAACAGUGUUAGAUAAUAUAUUUUUAACAUUUCCCGGAUUGCUUUACAUUUUUUAACACAUUAAAUCUUCAACAAUACUAAGGAGAGUAGGCACUCCUAUCAUUCUCAUGUUCCAGAUAAGAAAACCAAAGCACUGAAAAGUUUAGUCUUUUGCUCAUUGUCUCACAGCCAACAAGGGACAGAGGUAGGGUUCCAUUCAAGUAACAUGGCUUCAGAGCCUAUUGCUCUUAACCAUUAUGAUCUGCUGUCUCCGUUGAUUCAUUUAGAUAGGUGGGCUCUGGAAUGUUAAAAAUUUGGUAUGAUUUAUACACAACAGCUGGAGGGAAUCUGACCCUUGUGUAGACUAAGGCUUGCAAAUGUAUUUUAGGGAACUUCUUAAAAGGCAAAGUAGGGCUGAGAGCAUUUGAGGGCAGGGAUUGGAAAUUUCUGUCCCCAAGAGAUUGCCCUUGUGUAGCCCAGCUCAGUGGAAGAAAGUUGAGCUUUCUCGUAGCCAAUCAUUGGAGGUUCACUGGGGGUGGGAAGGUUGCAAAAGAGUGAAGUAAGAGCAUACUUGGAUGUCAUCCAGGAAAGCAGUGCAGUUCUAUGAGUUCUACACAUAAAAGCCUCAAAACAACGGGUCAGGGAAGGGGGAAAGAGGGCAAGUGAGGGCGAGUCAUCUGGGCUGGAUGGCUCUGGCCUAUGGACUUGUCUUACUCUGAGGCCAUUGCUCUCUGCUCCCUGCUGCAACCUCCACCCUCUUAAGUCUCCAUCCCAAUGGGUUGGCAUGAGGAACUUUAGCGAAAUUUUCUAUCAGUUCAUGAUGCCAAUGUUAUUCUCCUUAGGGCAUCUGAUGGUGGCUAGCAGCCAUGUGGGCAGAGCUUACCAUUCCCCCACCCCCAGCCCCAGGCAAUGGCAGCGCUCUUCCAAAGGUGUCAGUUUACUCCUAUUUAUUUAUCCCUUGGCUAGAGAGAGUAGAAAGAUGAUCAGAUAGUGCCCAUCUCUUCAAGAGUGCCCCAGGCAACACAUUUUAGGUGGGAGAGGCCCUGUGGCAAGGAAGGCAGCAGAAUCCAGGGAAUACAAGGGAUGCAAUGCCAUUUUGGGUCGGGGAAGCCGAGAGGUAGUGGACCUUCCUCGUCCAGUUUGGGCCUCUAAUUGCCAGCUCAAAACACUGCAUUCCCCAGUAGGGACUUUGUGUUUGUGUUUUUGUCCUUGGGAACCUUGCAUUUCUGAUGUGAAUCUUUGUUUCUGGGUUGGAGCUUGACAUUCUCCUUGGGCCCAUUUUUUAUUUCAAAGCUGGGAAAGCUGCUGAGACCUACCUCCAUCACCUUUGCCUCUCUACCCCACACAGGCUGUAAGCACAUGAUCUUUGGUCUUUUAUUUGCAUACUGUAUUAGUCUUGCCUUCAUUGGAGGAAAGUGACUGGUCAGACCUGGGUUGUGUUGCUGGCUGCCUUCCUUGUUGGGCUCCAACUUGCUUCCUAUAUACACAGCCCUUGGAGUUCAGAGGCCCCUCCUGACCUCUGCCCAACCUCUCGCUUUCUGCACCCAAGCCCCUUCUAGUACAUACAGGAGCAGAGACAGGCUAGGACCAGAGGAAAGGGGAGAGGGGACUGAAGACAGACUUUGAGAGGGCUCAGAAACCCAGUGUACCCCCCGUCCCAGCCCUGUCCACCUGCUGCUGUGGCCACAGCAGUACGAUAGUAAGACAGGAAGUAAGGCCAGGUACCUUGUGGGCAGUGAUGUCAUUAGCUGCGACUCCUAAGAUGUCUCCAGAGAUGGGCGAGCUCACCCAAACCAGGUUACAGAAGAUCUGGAUUCCACACAGCAGCGGCAGCAGCAGGCUGCAACGGAGAAGGGGCUUGUCCUGAAGCAUGCAUUGCUCAGCAGCCUUUUCUAAUUAAACUCUAGCAGGAGUAGUUUGUGAGCAUCCAUACCGCAGUUUACCAAUUCCCCCACGAUGGUGAUCAUGGUGGGUUUACCAGCUCGAGGCAAGACCUAUAUCUCCACGAAGCUCACACGAUAUCUCAACUGGAUAGGAACACCAACUAAAGUGUUUAAUUUAGGCCAGUAUCGACGAGAGGCAGUGAGCUACAAGAACUAUGAAUUCUUUCUUCCAGACAACAUGGAGGCCCUGCAAAUCAGGAAGCAGUGCGCCCUGGCAGCCCUGAAGGAUGUUCACAACUAUCUCAGCCAUGAGGAAGGUCAUGUUGCGGUUUUUGAUGCCACCAACACUACCAGAGAACGAAGGUCACUGAUCCUGCAGUUUGCAAAAGAACAUGGUUACAAGGUCUUUUUCAUUGAGUCCAUUUGUAAUGACCCUGGCGUAAUUGCAGAAAACAUCAGGCAAGUGAAACUUGGCAGCCCUGAUUAUGUAGACUGUGACCGGGAAAAGGUUCUGGAAGACUUUCUAAAGAGAAUUGAGUGCUAUGAGGUCAACUACCAACCCUUGGAUGAGGAACUGGACAGCCACCUGUCAUACAUCAAGAUCUUCGACGUGGGCACACGCUACAUGGUGAACCGAGUGCAGGAUCACAUCCAGAGCCGCACCGUCUACUACCUCAUGAACAUCCACGUCACACCUCGUUCCAUCUACCUAUGCCGGCAUGGUGAGAGUGAACUCAACCUCAGAGGCCGCAUCGGAGGUGACUCUGGCCUCUCAGUUCGCGGCAAGCAGUAUGCCUAUGCCCUGGCCAACUUCAUUCAGUCUCAGGGCAUCAGCUCCCUGAAGGUGUGGACCAGUCACAUGAAGAGGACCAUCCAGACAGCUGAGGCCCUGGGUGUCCCCUAUGAGCAGUGGAAGGCCCUGAAUGAGAUUGAUGCGGGUGUCUGUGAGGAGAUGACCUAUGAAGAAAUCCAGGAACAUUACCCUGAAGAAUUUGCACUGAGAGACCAAGAUAAAUAUCGCUACCGUUAUCCCAAGGGAGAGUCCUAUGAGGAUCUGGUUCAGCGUCUGGAGCCAGUUAUAAUGGAGCUAGAACGACAGGAGAAUGUACUGGUAAUCUGCCACCAGGCUGUCAUGCGGUGCCUCCUGGCCUAUUUCCUGGAUAAGAGUUCAGAUGAGCUUCCGUAUCUCAAGUGCCCUUUGCACACAGUGCUCAAACUCACUCCUGUGGCUUAUGGCUGCAAGGUGGAGUCCAUCUACCUGAAUGUGGAGGCCGUGAACACACACCGGGAGAAGCCUGAGAAUGUGGACAUCACCCGGGAACCUGAGGAAGCCCUGGAUACUGUCCCUGCCCACUACUGAGCCCUUUCCAUGAAGUCAAACUGCCUGUGUCCUCAUUGCCUUCCACCUUUAGGAAAUGCUGUCUUUGCUCUUCUUCUACUCUGCCUUGUCCUCACGGAGGCACCCCACUUCCAGUGAAGAAGUCCUCAGCAGCUCCCAAACGAGCCUUGUUUAUUGGCCGCAACCAAGGAGCUAUCUAGCUCUGGAUGAAACUUACUUUCUUAAUUCCUAUUCUCUGAUGAAUAAAGACUUACUGCCUACAAGA